AUGGCAGCUACUCCGUGUGACGGUUCAGCUAAAACCGGCGGGGCGCCUGCAAGCAUGGCUGCCCCGCGAAAGUCCAGGCGUCUGGAAGGGAUACGGGACCGACCGCUGCCUCCACUUCCUCUUGACGACGUGGGGAGGGGAGAAACUGGCUCCUCGUCUCCUCCAGAUCUCGCAGAGCAGGCUCCGGAGGUGCCGCCUCACCGCUCCGAACAGCCUCCGAGUCCACCGCCCCGUCGCUUCGGAUCCGGACGGUCUCUGGGGCGACCGCCUCAGCUCUCCGGUAGAAGGGCAGAUGGGUACGACAACCUGCCACAGAGGCAAGACCACAAACACGUACAUAGGAAUCAGGUGUACGCGGCAGGUGCCGCACACGAGUACGCGCAUUCGAUCCAGGUUGCUCGCAGCGCCCCGCCCGGCCCCUCUACCCCGAGGCCAGGAGGUACAACAACCACCGCCGACGGGGGCCCACCAGACCCAACCGCCGCACACGUGUACGAUGGGGAACGUGCCCCCCCUCCCCUGAUGCCACGAGGACCAACCACCGUCGACAGGGGCCCUCCCCCACCUCCCCCGACGCCAGGAGGAACAACAACUGCAGACGGGGACCCACCAGACCCAUUUGCCGCACACAUGUACGAGAACGGGGACGAGUUCAGGCAGGGGCUCGGGCCGCCUCUGAGCCGCGACGUUCUCGGCGCCCCGCCUGUUCCCUCUUCCCCGAGACCAGCGAGAGGAGACGAUGGGUCAGCCGAUGGUCAGGCGGACAGCCCGAACCAGCCUCCAGAUGCUGCAGAAGAAGGACGAACCAUCUGGGAGCGACUGUGCCAAAGUUGCACAGGCCGACACAUCGGCUUUAUCAUCAUCAUCAUCAUCACGUCUGUCAUCAUGGUAACACUGAUGGUACACGUGAUUCUGAUGCACACCGGCUCCCCAACGUCUCACCUUGACUCGCCUGUGAUCACCAAUGGAGGAACGGACACCACUGACGCUACUGGACAUGCCUGGCAGAGCUCUGCUGAACCGAGGACUGUGAUGUUGGCUGACAUCAUCAAGGUUGAUCCGGCCCGCGGGCAUAGCCCUCCGGACUCAGUCCCUGGGAAAGUGGAGACUGCCGGACCUACCCGAGCCACCAUGGCCAGGCCGCUUUCCGUGGACACUAAAGAAGUGUCUGUCGGAAGCAGCAGCGCACGGGUUAUCACCUUUGGUGACGCGUCGGGUGCUGGAAACCUGGGCGGCGCGCGCGCGGUCGCAGUCUCCCCAGACAACAAGAUCUGGGUGGCUGACCAGACCAAAGCACGCCUUCAGGUGUACAGCAUGGAAGGUGCCUUCUUGCGCCAGUUAGCACCAGGGCUGGGCUACCCAGGAAAGGAGCCGGUUGACGUGUCCUUCGACAGAGAUGGCGACAUCUGGGUCUUGACGAGUGGGUACCCUACCAGCGUCGACACCGUGGUCUGCUUCGACAGAGAGGACCAUCUCAAAGCCAGCUUCAACCUCCCUGACGACGUACCACGGGGGGCAACCCGCGGACUGGCGGUGGGCGUGCAUGUGUACGUCACCUGGUCCGAAGGUUACAGUGGCGGCGUGCAAGCCUUCCAGCCUGACGGGAAGUUCCUGUGGGGCGUUGGCCCGCAGCAGCGGAUGAAGAUGCCAACGAAGGUUGCUGUCAGCCGGGAAGGGUACGUCUACGUCUCUGACUUUGGCCGUUACUACAUCUACGUGUACACCACAACCGGACGAUACGUGAGGAAGUUUGGAGGACUGGGUAAUGACGGUGGCCGCCUGAGUCGUCCUCGUGGCAUCUGUACGGACAGUUCCGGUCACGUCCUGGUGGUGGACCCUUGCACCCAUCGUGUCGUGAUGUACUCAGGCCGGGGCGCGUACGUCCGCGACAUCGCCAUCCCCCGCCAUUCUGCAUACUGCACUGCGGUGGAUGUUGCAGUCGGGCCAGGAGGACAGUUGGUUGUGGCCAACACAAAGACAAUCUUUGUGUUCCCCCGCUACUGACAAGGCUCAUGUUGAUUUCAUUAUAUGGAUGACAUCCGU